CGCCCAAUUUUUGAAUUCUUAUUCCUCGCUCUCUUUCUCUCUCCACUGUCCAGUUAACGCCCGCUCGCCGGUCGGUGAACGGAAUGAACUUCUUCACAGUAUCGCAUCCCUUGCACCACCACCGCCAACAGGACGACCAUUACCACCAAGACGAAGAAGCAGAGCUCGAACAAGAAGAGGAUUAUUCUAAAUCCCGAUCGCUGCAGGAGCCAUCAUGCUCCCAAGGCCACCGUUCCUCCCUCAUUCUCCAAACCCUAGAGGGCGGCGCAAUCUGCCUUCUCUGCUUUGCCAACCUCGUCUCAACGCCCACCUCCCCCACCGUCCACGUCUCCUACGCCCUGUCUCAGCUCUCUCGCGCCCUUUCCCACCCUCCCUUCCUCCAUUCCCUCCUAGCUUUCCACGCCUACUUUCUCGUCUCCCCUCUCGUCCACGCCCUUUCCGCCUUCAAUGACGAUCCAAUCGCCUCCCAGGCCACCGAUCUCAUUCUCCAUCUCUCUACCUCUGGAGAUUCCGCUUUUUUGGGUGAGUUUGUGCUCCGAGUUUCGGAGCGGCUCUCGUCCGGUGCCUUGGCCUGGAGUCGCCGCCAGGUUUACACGCUACACUGCUUAGGGGUUCUCUUGAACUGCCAGACGAAUAAUCCAUAUGCCAACAUCAGAGACAAAGAAGCCCUUGUAUCCAACUUGGUCGAAGGUCUUCAGUUGCCAAGUGAGGAGAUUCGUGGGGAGAUCCUGUUUGUUCUAUACAAACUGUCCGUCCUCCAAUAUAUGUCUCAGGGUGUUGAUGGCUCUGAUGUUUUAGUUGCUUUUUGUCCCAAGAUUUUGUACUUUUCAUUGGAAGCUCUCUUGAAGACUCAAAGUGACGAUGUCCGCUUGAACUGUGUAGCACUUUUGACAGUUUUGGUGCAAAAAGGGCUCUUUAGGAAUGCAUUGGUGAAUAAAGCAAAUGACAUGGAUUCCUAUAAAGAUGAGAACUUCAUGCAAGCAACAGAAGAUAAAAUACAAAAGGCUUCAUUAAACAUGUUCAUUGAGGCCAUUAAAGGCUCCCUGCUUUCUUCAGACAGCAAAGUACAAAUUGGCACACUAGAUCUGAUAUUUUAUUAUCUGUCAUUGGAAAGCACUCUGGAAGAACAGAGCCAGAUCUUGGUGGAAGAAAACAUUGCUGACUAUGUAUUUGAAGUACUAAGACUGUCAGAGCGUAAAGAUCAAGUGGUCUACUCUUGCCUUCAGGUUCUUGAUCUUUUAUCAACAGCUGAGCAAGCUUUUAGGCAAAGGCUUGCUAUUGGGUUUGCAACUCUGGUUCCAAUUCUGGAUUAUGUAGCUGAAUUCCCCUUUCAUCCUGUUCAACAACAGAUGCUGAAGCUCAUAUGGAACUGCAUCAGUAAUUGCCCUGGAAUAGUAUCUACUUCUCAUAUUGAAGAACUAUGCCUGGUCUUGACAAAAAUUUUUAGGGGACAUAACAAUGGGGAGAUGAGCAUGCAUCCUGACACAUUUGGUAUGGCCUGCUCAAUCUUUGUUGCUCUUAUGAAAUUCCCAUCGUCUCAUGGGAAUUCAAAUCUGGCAACGUCAGUUCAGGUAGCAUCAAAAGACGCUGUUUUGGCUUGCUUUAGCAUCUCCAAUAAAUAUCCUUGUCUACUCUUGCACUCAUUGUCCCUACUGAAAGAGGCAUAUGCAUAUUGUUAUGAAGACAACUCCAACAACAGCACCAGUAAUGCAGGACUUGCGAACUGUAUUUUGGAUGUGUGUAAAAGACAUUUGUUACCUUGGCUAGUAACUUCCAUCAAUGAAAUGGAAGAGGAAAUUGUAUUGGGAAUAGUGGAAACAUUUCAUUCAAUAUUGGUUCAGGAUUCUGACAUCCAGGCCGUGGAAUUUGCAGGUAUAUUGGUUUCAUCUUCUUGGUUCAGUUUGUCAUUUGGAUGUCUAGGCUUGUUUCCUACAGACAAAAUGAAAUGGAGGGUUUAUUUAAUGUUCAGUUCAAUUGUGGAUAUGCUUCUUGGAAAUGAUUCUGGGCAACCUAUUAGAGAUGCUGUUUCAUUUCUGCCAUCUGAUCCUAUUGAUUCGCUGUUUCUGCUUGGGCAGAAGAGCAGCCAAAAUCCAGAAUUGUUACUUUGUCAAUCUGCAGUGUUGCUGAUACUUGAGACAAGCUCUUUAUAUGAUGAUAGACUUGCAGAUGAGAAAUUGAUUUUAGCUUCUUUGGAGCAAUAUCUUCUUGUCAACAGUGAUUCCUUAUGUAGGGAUGCUGAUUCAGUAGCAUUGACCCGACUGGUUAAUCUUUAUGGUCUCUAUAGGCAUCUUGCGGAGAUUGGCUACCAAAUCUCCUACAGUCCUGAAGCUGAGAGGAUCCUGUUCCAGAUAAUGGUUGAAAAAUGUUGGGAUUUGCCUUCUGAUAGAAUCCACUUGGCAUCAUUGAAGUGGCUUUUCCAACAAGAGAAAAUCAUCAAGCCACUGACUGACCAGAUCUUGAAAGUCUGCAGGAGCAAUAUUUCACGUGACAACCACAUCAGUGUUCAUGGAAAGCCUAGCCCAAACAUAAAUGUACAAAGAAUUGCAGAGUUGGUUGCAAUGGGAGAUAAUUUUGGAGCAACAAUUUUCACAUGUUUGUUGAAACAGCUUGUAGUGGAAGAGGACCGAGAACAUGACAUUAUUUCAGUUGUGAAUCUUAUGGCAGUAAUAAUAAACAUCUUUCCAGCUGCAUCAGACAAAUUAUGCUUGCAUGGCAUGGGCAGUGCAAUGCAGAAUCUUAUUUGCCAUUUAAGCCAUUUCUCUUCCCAGCACUCUCGUAUGGCUAUUUCACUUUUAGUUUUCAAUAUUUUACGUUCACUGCACCCAGGGACAGUCUAUGAUGAUGAGGGUUGGGUUGUGGUGACAAUGAAGUUGAUAGACUACUUGAUUUCAAAAGUGGCUGCUGAUGGAUGGACACAGGAAGGUCUACUAGGAAUUGGUAUUCUUUGCUUGGUCUUGCACCAUUCCACCAAUGUGUCCACCAGUGCCUCCCUAGUGGAAGCUGCAAAAACCAUUCUUCUAAAUACUUCCUUGUCCUGUACAAUCAAAAAUACAAUCAGGGUAGCCUGUUCAAAGGGACCUGCAUUAGUUGAUGAUAAUGAAGGAACAAGCACAGGAGAAACUUUAAUAUUUUUACUUUUACUGCAGUACUUCUCUCUGAGAAGUUUGUAUGCUGUUCUACCAGAGGCUUUGGACUGGCAGAAUUUCUUCAAUCGAUCAGAUAGCAUGCAGCCCCUUCCCUUGCUUGGCAUUCACUGCGAUGACUUGUGCAGGCUGAUCCAUUUUGGCUGUCCUCUGGUCAAGCUAAUUUCUUCAUAUUGCCUGUUAAAGCUGUUUACAGGAAUAUCAGAACAGGGAAAUGGAAAACUCAAUGAAUGGAAUUGCGACAUGAAGUUUCUAACUUCUGUAAUGGGCAUAUUAGAAGGCUUGGUUUUCUGCAGUGAUCACAGAGUAGCUUUGAAUUGUAGCCUCUGUUUAUCGAUGAUUUUAGGCUGGGAAAAGCUGGACAUGCAGGAGACUGGAGUAGGUGGAAAGACUAAUUGGUGCAGGCUAAUUGUAGAAGAGUUGGCAAUGUCUUUACUGGUCCCCUGUUUGGUAUCAAAAUCAUUCAUGAAUCAUCACAAGCCUGCAGUUCAUGUGGCUGUGGCAUUGCUUAAACAAGAAAAAUAUCCUGAGUGGGUGAGAUCUGUGUUUGAUUAUCACUGCAUAUCUGGAAUAAUUGAGAACCUUUCAGCUAGCAAUAUGAGCCCAGAGAUAGUACUUCUAUUUCGGGAGUUAGUGAAGUCUCAGCACCUGCAAGCUGACCAAAUUGCCAGUCUCGGUCAGGUGCUCCAGGCAUGCAGAAAGCAUAUGUACACCAACUCUGUGGAACACGAGAACACACAGAAGCUCGUAGAGAAGGUGGUCUCUGUCUCAAAUGAUUUGGUAGAUGUUUGUGAGUUUCUAUUAUGCCUAAUGACAUCUGAAUCUUGUAUUCAAGCGGGCAAUAAUACGUUGUUAGGAGAAAUAGAAAUGCUUUUAAGGAAUCUAGCAGACAGCGAGAAUGGCCAUGGAAAUUUGUGACACUGUUUUCAACAUGGAACCAAUUGUCAUUGGUGUCAUUUUAUGGCGUCACAGCCUAAGCUUGCUAGGAGUCAUGCAAUGCAGUGACCUUUACGAAACAAGGUCAUAAUAUUUGAAAAUUAGGUGACAUGCAUUUAUAGAUUUAUGACUAUCAGAAAUAAAAUGUUCAAUGUUGUCUUUAAAUAGUCAUAAGAACAUAGCUUCUUGGAGCACUUGUUGAUUGGCUGGAAACGAAAGUCAUGCCAUUUGCAAAAUGAAUAAAUUUUGGGCACCGUGAGUUGGAAU